AUGAGUUAACUGAAGAAAUUAAAUCAGCAGGUUAAAUAGGUGAAAUGCAUAACACUAUCUACAAAUUAAUCUCGCCAUUCCAAUUAUUCUUCUGUGAAAUCAUUGCCUAAACCAAUAGCAUCUCGUCCUGUUACUUCAAUUGCUAAAAAUAAGAAUAAUAAGGUGGAAGCUGUGAAAAUAGAUUUAGUCAAAUAGAAAAAGCAAACAACAAAUAUUAGUGUGACUAGAUCUACAUCUUCUGCUCGCACAAGAUCUGCUUCAAAUGGGCCUAAAGAAGAUAAAAUUCCAAGACUAUUAGGGGACUAAUUAGGUCCUGAAGUUGAAUUAGCAGAUUGUUAAGAUUUCUUAUUAUAGUUAAAUGAACCGCAGUUUAAGAUGGAUGAAGAUUUAAUGAAAGAACGAGUAAUUUUGGCUAACAGGAUAUCAAAUACGAUUAAAGUGAAAAAAAGAAUACCUACAACCACAGUAGAUUAUUAUAAGGUUUGA